CCCUAGCGCCCCCUGGCGCCUCCCCAGCCGCUAACCUAGACUCUUCUUCUCCAGCAACAAACCCCUGAUGAUCAUCCACCACUUGGAAGACUGCCCGCACAGCCAAGCACUCAAGAAGGUCUUUGCUGAACAUAAAGAUAUACAGAAAUUGGCUGAAAAAUUCAUUCUCCUGAACCUUGUGUAUGAAACCACAGACAAGAAUCUUUCACCUGAUGGCCAGUACGUCCCUCGGAUUUUGUUCAUAGAUCCUUCCCUGACUGUGAGAGCAGAUAUUACUGGAAGAUACUCAAACCGUCUCUAUGCAUACGAGCCCUCUGACAUUUCAUUGUUGUAUUCAAAUAUGCAGAAAGCGAUGAAACUCCUGAAGACAGAACUGUAAGGGGAAGAAGGAAGCCCUUAAAUACUAUGAAGUCUGAUCUCUCUCUUCUCCACUCAUUUAAACUGGUGAAGAGACUAUUUAGGGUGAUAUUUAGUGAUGUAUAGUGCUGGUUUAUAUACACAAACACUAGUUUUGCAUUAGCACUUUUGUACUGGGCAGCAUUUUUAAAAGCUGGAGGCUUUUAAUUUAAGGCAUACAGAAGAAUACUGUAUGAUCCAACUGUAAAAAUGAUUUUUUUAAAAAUAAAUCCAUUUCAAGUGUUUACAUACAAAA